CCCCCCGAGCUGAGCUGAGCUGAGCCGGGGCGGGGCGGCGCGGCCGUUACUAAAGAGGCUGCUCGGGAGGCGGCUGCGGCGGUGGCGACGCGAUGGCGACCUAUGUACAGCUGAGCACCGGGGCGAAGAUGCCCAUCCUGGGCCUGGGCACCUGGAAGUCCCCACCAGGGAAGGUAACAGCUGCAGUGAUGGCUGCUAUCGAUGCUGGAUACCGCCACUUUGACUGCGCCUACGUGUACCAGAAUGAGAAUGAGGUUGGGGAAGGGAUCCAGCAGAAAAUCAAGGAAGGUGUUGUGAAGCGAGAGGACCUCUUCAUUGUCAGUAAGCUUUGGUGCACAUUCCAUGACAAACCCCUGGUGAAGGGAGCCUGCCAGAAGACUCUUGCUGCCCUGAAACUGGAUUACCUGGAUCUCUACCUCAUCCACUGGCCUGUUGGGUUUAAGGCGGGAGAGGAGCUGUUUCCCACAGAUGACAAAGGCAUGUCUAUACCCAGCAACACUGAUAUUCUACAUACGUGGGAGGCCAUGGAAGAGCUGGUGGAUGCUGGUCUGGUCAAAGCCAUCGGAAUCUCCAACUUCAACCACGAGCAGAUUGAGAGACUCUUGAACAAGCCGGGACUGAAAUACAAGCCUGCAAAUAACCAGGUUGAAUGUCAUCCAUACCUUACCCAGGAGAAGCUGAUCAAAUAUUGCCAAUCCAAAGGGAUUACUGUGACAGCAUACAGUCCCCUGGGCUCUCCAGACAGGCCAUGGGCUAAGCCAGAGGAUCCCUCCCUUCUGGAUGACCCCAAGAUUAAAGAGAUUGCAGCCAAGCACAACAAAACCCCAGCACAGGUUCUCAUUCGGUUCCACAUCCAGAGAAAUGUGGUUGUGAUCCCCAAGUCUGUCACACCACAGCGUAUUGUGGAGAACUUCAAGGUGUUUGACUUUGAACUGACUAAAGAGGAGAUGGCAACCAUUCUCAGCUUUAACAGAAACUGGAGAGCCUGUGCAAUGAGCAUGUGCAAAAAUCACAAGGAGUACCCUUUUGAUGCAGAAUACUAAAUAUGGUGGUUUCCUGUCUUUCUGCACACUGCUGGUGUCAGAUGCCUCUGCUGUUGCCUACAAGUUGUCAUUCCAUAUAGCUUUCUCACUGCAUCAGUCCUUUUUUUGCCUACAAUGAUGCAGUGUAUGUAUUUGGUGACUGUUUUAUUUUCUUUUUGGGAAGAAAGAAAUGGCAAAAUCUUUCUGAAGAGCACACUGUGUGGACUGUAAUAGGUAGUCUUUGCCAAUCGGCCUGUCUGGAAUUGGUAAGCAGAAAACAUUGGGAAAGUUUGUUACAAUCAGUCACUUUUAAUUUGAAAUCCUGGGAAUUGGAGCUAGUGAUGAUUAUUGUAUGGAAGGACUGGCAUAUGACAGACUUUGCAUAAUUAAUUUGAGAUCAGCUUUUUUUCUACAAUUACGUUUGGGUUUGGUUUUGUUUCUUUGUAACACUCCAUGCUUUCACUUUUUCUCUAAUUGGAAGUACUAGUUUCUAAGUAUAGCAGUUGCUACAUGGGUAGCCCUUCCGAAAGUGUAUAGGUCCCAGUUUCCUAGCAAUCUAGAAGCUGGUUUUGCUUAUAAUAAAAUGCAGUUUCAUUA